AUGACUUUAAACCAAUUUAUGCCAGAAAAGAAGGGUAUUUUCCCUAAGAAAGCGAUGAUGGCAGUCGCUUGUGCAUCUUUUAUGGACUCAUUCUGUUUUCAGAUUAUUGUCCCAAACUUACCUUUUGCGGUGCAAAAGUGGUUUCCAAACGACAAGAUUAACGAAACAGAAGGGGUGUGUUCGGAGCUCUUUUCUGGGGAUGGUUUGCAGAUUGUUUUGGUCGAAAAACUUCGAUUAUUUCCUGUUUGUCAUGUUUGUUUCGUUGCUCCCUAUGACCUAGGCCAAAUGUUUUUGUCUUUAUUCUUUGGUCUAUCUACAAAUUACUACGUUGCGUUAGUUAUUCGAACGCUCUGGGGCUUUACGAAUGGUAAUCUCGGAGUACUCAAGACCUAUGUCAGUGAAACCUGUUCAGAAGACAUGCAGUCUUUGGGUUUUAGUGUCAUCGUCACAAUGGGUGGUAUUGCAAAGUGUGUCUGCUCCACUCUCUUAAUCACUAGUGUUGUCGGUCCCAGUUUGGGCGGUUUCCUUGGCGAUGCCGAGUCUUACUUUCCCUCACUUAUCCAGAAGUUCCCCUGGAUCCGAGAUCGCCCUCUGUUCCUUCCCUGCGUCAUUGGAUCUAUCCUAUCUGUCUUUAUUCUGAUCAUGGUGCUCGCCUUCCUUCCAGAGAGUUUGACGAAAGCCAUGCGCAUCGCCAACGCCGAGGAGCAAAAGAAGACCCAGAAGCGAUACCAUGAGAUUCGCCAGACGAUGCGAAAGAACCCGGACUACGUGCCCAGCGUGGACGAUCGGUACAUUCUCCAGCUGAACCAGGGCGAUUAUAUCUCUCUCAUCUGCAACCGCGACGUGCUGGUGAGCUGCAUUAUCUACGGCAUUUACGGCAGCAUCCAAGGCGGCCAGGACGCGAUCUACCCGAUCUGGCUGAUCAACUCGCCCGAGAACCACGGCUUCUCCCUCACUUCCUCGGAUCUGGGCUGGCUCUACACGGGCGUGAGCCCCAUGCAGAUCUUCUCCACCCCGCUGCUGUUCCCGCAGCUCACCCGGCUGAUGACCAACAAGCAAGUUUCCUACUUGACCGGGUACAUCUACGCGUUCCUGCUGCUGCUGAGUCCGCUGGCGGCGCUGGCGAAUCGCGCGCCUGUGGUGUGGCAAUGGAUCGUCAUCCUCUUCACCUACGGCCUGUCGCAGUGCUUCCGAUUCUUCUUCGUCACAUAUCCUUGA